UAGCAGCCCCGUUGUAAGAAAACGUACCACCUGCAGAUGGCGCCACAGCAGAGGAAGAGGACCGCUAACGCCGCUGAACUGCUGAGCCGGAGGAGCAGAGGUCUUGGGAAUGCUGGGACUUUAAUCAGACACAAUUUGAAGGUCCUGAGAGGCAUCCUCCUUCAGGAAAACCGGACUUUCAUGAAAGUAUGGAGCAAGACCUCAAAAUCCACAAUAAUGUAUGAGAAUUGCAAACUAUAUUUUGAAAAUUACCAGCAUUGCUACAGCUGUGUUCAUGCUGAGCCCCAAAUUUUGUACAAAUUGCCAACACGGUCCAAACAGGAAAAAAUUGAAGAUACAUUGAUGUGUCACAGCCCAAUUGAAAAAACCUUAUCUUCCCCAUCUGAUCAUAAACCAAGCCUCUUGGCUUUGACGGCCAAUAAUUGGCUAAUUCGCCUUUCAGCUGAAACAGGAGAAGAACUGGAGAAGGUUUACCUCUCUCCAAACUAUAAGUUCAGAUAUCUUGGCUGGGAUGUUUCUCAAGAGACAUUUUAUGUUAAAUCUAUUCAAAACAAAGAAACACCUUUAGCAAGACAGGCAGGCAUCACUCAGAAUACAGUGAUGCACAUUGCUGUUUUUCAUGUUUUCCCUUUGGAAGUUAUUGGCAUUAUGGAGAUCAAUAAAAAUGUGUUUGGAAAAGGUGUCAUAGGGGCUGAUCUGGUUCAAGGUGUCCUUGCUCUGUAUUACAGCAAUAAGUCAGUGAAGAUGUAUAGCUUCGAACACAUUGUCCAAAGAUACCUGACAGAGAAGAUAACACUCGGAAAGCAGAGUCCACUUCUUAGUGGCAAAACAGUGGGAGAUGCACCGUUUGGUAUCCCAUUAAAUAUUCAAAUCACAGAUUGCCCUCCUGUACUUUUCAAGGUCUCGAGCGCUGAAAACAGUGUCCAGAUUGGAGGAAACCCUUGGCACUACAUUUACACACCGCCACGUAAAAAAGACGAGGGGACCUACCACAUCUGCUCACUUGAGGACGGCACUAUGGCAACAAAUGGAGUACAAGACAUGGACUCCUACUCUCUUGAGAAUGAUGGGAUCUUCUUCCAUCCUGAUGAUUCAGGAAGAAUCAUUCAUGUGGGACCUUCCACCAUAAAUGUCCUAAAAAUCCUCGGUGAACUGAACAGUGCUUUGCCAUCUAAGGUAGUUGAGGAUUUCUCCCUGAAAGCCCAGCGAAACAAACCUACCUCCCAAGUCACUGUGACCUCAUCAGGCCGCACAGUAAAGAGAAGAUUCCAACAGCUGGAUGAUGACCCAUCACAAAAGACUUUCCGAAUGGUGGAAUAUGAGGAUGAGCUUGACCUUUUGGCAAUCGUAGUCACCAACGGCGAGGAAGGAGAAGGAAGAGCGUACAUCCAACUCCAUGACAACCUGACCGGACAGUUACUGCGGACGAUUGAUUUGGUCGAAACCUGGGAUGAGACUAAUAAAAACGAGGUGUUCUUUGACAAAGACAUGAUUGUUCAUAUUGAACAAAAGAAUGCUAAAUUCUGCUGCCAUGUUUACAAACUGAUUUCAACCAGAUCAUAAGUGGUCCAAAACUGAAUCAAAGCUGCAGGGCAUUGUCAUGAUCAUUUAUAAGAUUAUUUUAAAAUUGUUUUGUUUUUCUAUGUAGAUAAUAAUGCUGUAUUUUUUUUUUUUUUACAUCUGCAUCAUUGUAUCUUCUGUUCUGUCAGUU